UGAGGGCACCAGGGUAGCCACCAGAUUCCCAGGGAUUCAGGUAGCCCCUGAUUUUCCUUGGCUUUCCUUCAGCUUCCACUGAGUUCAUUGCCUACUCUCUGCUUAGAGAACAAGGCUAUGGCAUGGGGGAAGGAAAGGAGGGUUGCUGACCUUGCUCAGUUCUGUUGCUGCAUCGGUGGCCCCUGCUCCGGGCAGCCCAUGUCUGACAGGGAGUACAUGACCUUCUUCAUCAGCCUGUGGCCCCCCCGGAAGGCAGAAGUGUCCUGCCAGUUGCGCCAGACACACGGCUGCUUCAAUCCUGCCAUCCUGCAGCUGGACCAGGAGGAGAACCACAACGUUGUCCCCAAAGAUCUGCUGUCGCUGGGGAGCCCCUCUUGCAGAGUGGAUUUUGGUGAACCUUCUCCUGACAACUGAGAGGUCCUGCGCAGCUUAUCCACUCAUAGGCAACGACUCCAAAGUCACUGCAAGAGGGUCCAGCUUUUAUAUUGUCUGCCAGAGAAUUCCCUGAGGCAGAGGAAGAGACAGGAAUCUGCUCUGACCCACGGGGUUGUGGUGAGGGGAACAGAUCCACCCAGAGCCAGAGGAUGGUCAAGGGACCAGAUCUGACAGCAGCCUCUGAAGAAGAUGGUGCCUGAUAGGAGGGGCUGGAGGGGCAGGGAAGCCCUCCAGAGCAGAAAACCUGUGUAGAAACUAAUUUCCUUUGAAGAAAAGGCCAAGUGAGGUAAAUCACAGCAGGUGUCUGUGAGGAAAAGAAGACUCUGCACAAAAGUGGGUAGUGGGGGCUGGGACCCCACUCUGAGAGGGCAAUGAACCAGCUCGGUGAGAGUGGCACAGUGCUGGGCCAGGAAAGGCAGCAGGAUGCAGAUCCACUCUGGGAAACCAUGGUCCAGGAACCUGUGGCUACCCCAGACUGCUCCCGGCGGUAAGGAAGCUGGACCCAGCUCCACUUAGCCAAGGAGAAGUUCCUGAAGCCAGCCUGGCUUCCUAGCCCUUGUUCCUGCCCUUACCUUUCCCUCACAGCCUCGUUGGUGUGCAGGUUCAUGAGCUCUUGGCUGGAGGAGAUGCCACAACUCCUCUCAGGGUUGUCUAUGAAGGCUUGAGAAAAGGCAGCCCCAUAAGACAGGUUGUCAGAGCAGCCCAACCGUUGGAAAACCACACAGGGAAAGCAGCCAUGAAAUGAUGAAGCCCUGAGAGGAGUUCCCAAGGGUCUGGGGGCUGUGGAGAAGGGAGGUGUCUCCUUCCCUGGUGAGAGUCUCCCCCAUGGAGCUUCUCCCCUACCACCUGCUCCCUGCCACCGGCCUCCUCCUUCACCUUCAGGGCCGACUCCUUGGAUCUUAUGGUUGCAGUCACACUUCACCAGCUCCCCGUGGCUGCAGGCAUGCGUCACGGCAAAGGCAACACCAGCAGCAGAGAUGGCAUAGAUGAAAGCAGACUCCUGUGUGCCUGCAGCAGGGUGAGAAAUGCACCAGUCUGCAGAGAUGGAAGGCACUGAUGGGACACAAGUGAGGGAGAAAGCGGCUGUGACCGCCUGCAGGAAGGAUGCAUUCAGAUGGAGACUCUCAGGAGAAAUCAACAUCAGGAUAUUCACCCACUGCUGCAGUUCCCAAGGCCUGGAGCCAGCAAGAGAGAUGUUCUGCGGGGUUCUUCUGUCUCAGCACCCUCAGCUUUGGCACCCUCAGUUCCUGGGCUGAGUGUCCCAUUGAGGGAGAGAAGUCAGCAGCCCUCAAAGGAAGUGAAAGGGAAACCAUACUGGGGGAAGUCAGAGGCUAAGACUCUCACACGGAGAAGAUUGUCAGGGAAGACCCUGCCAUCUUGUCUCUGGGAGCCAGAGAGGCCCUGCUCAUAGAUCACUGUAUUGUUCCUCCUAUAAAAACAAAUGCAAAAUCUAUUUAGUGUUGUUUGAGGGGCAUAGGCAGAUCCUUUUUCCCUGACCCACAACAAAAAUGGGCUGUGGCCUCAGAGCAAAAGGUUUAAUUUGAGUUGUUACUCCAAAGGGCUGGGCUGGUGGCAGGAUGGGAGAGAAGAUCCACCAGUCUGCAGUGCUGGUACCCAGAACAGUCCAGAUGGGACCAAAAAGCCAAACCUGGCUGAAUAAGGAAGAGGUUUAGCCACAACAUUAAUAGUUGUAAAAGCAUGUGUAUUUGGUCUGAAGUUUGCUCUGUGUUGACAGGUACCUGUGGGGUAGGGGAAGAGAUACAGUCACAGAUGGGCUAGAGCCAAGGCCAUGUCUAUGUGGCACUAGGGCUCUAUAGAUUUAUUUUAGAGAAGAAAUGGGGCACAGAAGGAGAUAUGCCGCCUCUUCUCUGUGCCAAAUGGGACAUUCCUGCUUCCCAUCCUGGUCUGUACCUUUUCAGUUUCACCGUCCCUCUCCCUUCAUGCUCCCAGAGAUGCCCCUCCUAAUGUGCAGCCUUUGGGUUGCCCAGCUUCCUUCUUCCACCCUUUUCUCACACAUCUGUCUCUUUUCUUGGGAGACAGCACCUCCUCAGGUGACCUUUCCAAUCCAGAUAUUACAAGUGCAAAGCAUACUUGCAGCCAGGUCACGGUAAGGAUGUGCUGCCUGCAGAUCAGCACCACAUACAGCCACACUGUCUCCAACCUGUCCUCAGCAAAACUCUGCCUUCAGCCACAGUGCAGCAGCCGUGCUUCCGUGACCUCCUACUGCUUCUGCCAAACAACCACUCUCACAGCAGCUCUGGCACAGUACUGCAAAGCAUGAGCAGUCCCUGCUCUGAGCAAUGACCAUGGGCUGCUCCACUGAGCCUGCCAGCAUUGAAGACUUGGUGGCCUGCAGAAGCCUGGCAGGAUGCCCUGCAAGUGUGUCCACUUGAUGCUGUUCCCUACCUACCACACGGGCAGCGUCGUGGGAGAGCUCUGGAUGGCUCUGGGGCAGCCAUUCAUCAGAGGGAUCUCAUGUCAUCAG